CGGUAGUUAGUUGCAGACAUAUGUACAUAUACACACUCAUACAAGUUAAUGACAUUUAUUGCAAUUGCCUUUUGCUAAAGGCUCUCAUUAAUUUCAUCUAUCAUUUUUAAGUUAGUUCGUUGUCAAUCGCUAAUCGUGAAGCACGGGUUAUUCGAACCCGCCUGCUUCUGCAAAUAAAGUACAUAAAAUUGUAUUUGUUUUUGGACGACGAGCGUUUUUAUUUAUUUAUUGCGUCGAAAUUAGCCAACGAAAAAGCUCGAAGGCUACACAUUUUUUGGUGACCCCGACGUGAUUGCUAUUGUCUUAUCGAAAUAAGAGGAAAAAUAGCAAUUGCCAUAUAUAGCAGUAAACGUUUUUUCUACCGGCUGACUGCGCAGUAUAUAUGUAUGUAGGUACACACUUACAUUCGGUGAAGCGUUGCGUCUGCUGGUAUCCAAAUUUAUUGGCACCCAAAUACAUACGGGAAUAAAGCGGUAAAUUCGUGCCGUUGCAAAAUCACACAAUAUUUUGGAAAAAAUAAAACUGGAUAUCAUACAUUUUUGUUUUCUCGGCAAGUUGGUCAGUUUUUCAACAUUGCAUCAUGACAGAAGAUGGGCAGUCUAGUCCACCACUUGCGGAUAAGAAAAUUUUUUACAAGCGCAAGGCACAAUCAAUUUAUGUGCAGGCGCAAAAUAUUGAACAGACGAUCGAAGGGGAGAAAAUCAAUUUGCUUAACGAAUCGGAUUUAAGCGUAAGGCUGGAGUGCCUGGACCAUAUUGCCGCUACGUUUAAUUCAAUUUAUGACAAACUCGAGGAGCUUGAUUUUGAUGAAAUUGGUGGGGAACUGCGCUCAAACUUCGAGGAUUUGCUCAUUUCAGUACGGUCUCGUAUACGGCAUGAGAUUCGAAAGCGUUCAUCUCAAAUGCCACCUUGUUCAACCAUGCGAUAUGAGCAUACACCUGAAGGUCAAACGAUCAUAAUGCAAAGUCGACCACGGUUACCUGAAUUAAAGUUGCCUACAUUUAGUGGUGUAUACACGGAAUACACCGACUUCAUUUCAAUGUUUACAACAAUCAUCGAUAAAGAUCCUGAUCUCACUGAUGUCGAGAAAAUGCAGCAUUUGCGAACGUCGCUGAAAGGUGCUGCAUUGGAUACCAUCCGUUCGUUGGAGAUCAGUGAUUUAAACUAUAAUAUUGCUUUGGAGUUGCUCCAGAAACGUUUUAAUAAUAAGCGUCUUAUUUUUCAGGCACACAUCACUGAGAUUCUGGGGUUGAAAAGGGUUGAAGCAUCUUCAGCAGUAAAAUUACGUGAGCUAUCAGAUAAAGUUAACGCUAACUUACGAGCAUUGCUAACUAUUGGAGACUCGGAGCAAGUAGCAGCCGGCAUAAUCAUACAUACGCUACUUGAAAAGGUGGAUGGUGCAACUCAGACUAAGUGGGAAGAAACCGCGCCCUUAGAUGUCAUACCAUCAUGUGAACAAUUUACUACUUUUCUGGAAAAACGAUGCCAAAAGUUGGAAAACGUCGAGCACUCCGUUGCAGCAAGUACUCGUAUAUCUCAGGUGGGCAAGAAUAGUAGAAACACUAACUCCAGUAGAAAAUCUUUUAUAUCCACUAACACAUCAAAUGGCUGUGUUCUCUGCGACACCACAGACCAUUCCAUAUAUAGCUGCAGUAGAUUUAAUAAUUUAUCGCCACAACUACGUCUUAAAGAAGCCAAGCGGCUGUCAUUAUGCAUUAAUUGCCUUCGAAGAGGCCACCAGUUGAGAGCGUGCGCUGCCGGUUCAUGUCGUUCAUGCGGCGGUAAACAUCAUAGCUCAUUGCAUUUGGACCAUGCCAAUAGCCGGGGCAUAAUAAAUGAACAACAAAACCCUCCAUUGUCAUCGCAAUCUACUCCGCAACAUCCACAUCGCUCUCUCACUGUUGUUUCCCCUUCUGUCAUUGAUUCUUCGGGUGCCCCGAAUCUCAAUUGUGAUGUUGUGCUCCUCGCUACUGCGGUUGUUGACGUCAAGAAUAGUGCUGGUACAUGGGUACCCUGUCGUGCGUUGCUCGAUUCCGGAUCGCAAUUGCACAUAAUCACAUCUCGACUUGCUCAGCAAUUACAACUGCGCAAAACUAAAUCAUUUGCAGCUGUAUCUGGUCUUGGCGACUCCGAGUUCCAGUCUGAUGGUUUUACUGUCAACAUAAAUCUUCGUUCUCAAACUUCUGAAUACACUACUUUCAUUUCUGCUUUAGUAGCCCCCAACAUAACAGACAAUCAACCUAACUUCAGUCUAAACAUAGCAUCGUGGAACAUUCCCUCCAACAUUCGUCUAGCAGAUAAAGACUUUCACAAAUCCCAACGCGUUGAUAUGCUUAUAGGUGCAAGUCUUUUCUAUGAUCUUUUGUGUGUUGGGCAGAUCAAGUUGGCUUCUGGUCUGCCGCUACUUCAAAAAACCAGAUUAGGAUGGGUGGUCACAGGUGGCGACUCUAAGCCCAGAACAGCAAGGGUUCUAAACGCGGUAUCCUCAACGAAACCAUCCACUCAGCUUGAUCAGUUGGUGCGUCGCUUUUGGGAGCUUGAAAGCUGCGCUUCCUCUGUAGUCAAAUAUACCAAGGAAGAGAUUGAUUGUGAAUCCCACUUCAAGGCUAACUUUACUCGAUUAUCAACUGGGGACUAUUCGGUUCGAUUGCCUAUUAAACCCAAUAUAUGUAUGCUAGGUGAGUCAUAUCCGCAAGCAUUGCGUCGAUUCCUAAAUCUAGAGCGUAAAUUAGAUCGCCAACGUGAACUAAAGCAAAAUUACGCUGCGUUUAUGCAAGAAUACUUAGACUUGGGGCAUAUGUCUUUAGUUAGUGAAGAAAAUCGUCAUCUUUGCAAAUAUUUUUUACCCCAUCACUGCGUAAUGAAGGAAGACAGCACCACCACAAAAUUACGGGUUGUAUUUGACGGCUCUGCAGCUUCGUCCACCGGGUACUCCCUCAACGAUGUACUUAUGACUGGCCCUACCAUACAACCCAAACUCUAUAACAUACUGUUGCGUUUUAGAACAUUUUCUGUUGCCUUAACUGGUGAUAUUUGCAAAAUGUACAGAUGUGUACGAGUCUCGGAGGAUGACUCCUACUUGCAGUGCGUAUUGUGGCGCGAUACUUCACAACAUGAAGUUCAAGUUUUUAAACUUGGUACAGUAACUUAUGGUACUCGACCGGCUGCAUUUUUAUCAGUGCGAGCAAUGCAUCAAUUAGCCUCUGACGAGCAGAAGCUGUUUCCUGUUGGAGCUGAAAUUUUGCGGCGAGACUUUUAUGUCGACGAUCUUAUUGCAGGUGGGGAUUCUGUCCAAGAAGUCAGAGAGAUCAUGAAUCAAAUUACUAAUAUGUUGGCGAAGGGUUGUUUUAAAUUGCGGAAAUGGUGCACUAAUAAUGUGGAUCUGCUUCAAGGUAUACCAAGCGAAGAUACCGAACCUCUCUUGAGCUUCGAUGAUGGAAGCAAUGUCACUAAGACGCUUGGUCUUACUUGGGACCCAGCCUCUGAUAGCCUACUUUUCGUAUUUACACCCACAGCCACAGCAAAGAGGAAUUGCAAAAGAUCGAUUUUAUCAAUAAUUGCUCGUUUUUACGACCCAUUGGGGCUUAUUGGUCCAAACUCUUACAAUACCGAAGCUAGAGCUUUGUGGAGCAGCACUGUUGGCACAACUCAUUCAUGAGGUCGCUGAAAUGAACAUUUUUGAAUGCCCGUUUUUUUGUUGGUCGGAUUCCGCAGUUGCACUAGCAUGGAUCCGCGACGAGCCAUCUCGGUUUCAAAUCUUUGCUUCAAAUCGCAUAGCAGCAAUACAAGAGUUGACGGCAGGCAUGGAGUGAAAUUAUGUGCCAACCAAGUUAAAUCCAGCUGACAUUCUCUCUAGGGGCGCAUCUCCCAGUGAGCUCAUCGAAUCUUCAAUUUGGAUUCGCGGUCCUGAAUUUUUAGUUGAAGGUCGAAGCAAAUGGCCAUUGACUUGUAGUGUAGUGAAAGAUCUCCCCGAGCUUCGCAAGAAGGUCCUACUGAUAGUCCCUCAAUGCGCUGACAUGACACUUCGUUGCAAAUAUGUCAACUCGUUCGCAAAACUACAGCACGUUUUCGGCUAUAUCUACAAAUUCAUGCAUAGGAUCCGACAUAACGGAUUAACAGUUGAUCAUAUUCAACAGGGAACAAAAUUGCUUUUACGAACAAUUCAAAUGGCUAAUAUUUCGGAUGACUACAAUGCCUUGAAAAGUUGUGAACGGGUAAAGCCAAACAGCUGCAUUUCAUCUCUAUCUCCAUUUAUUGACGACGAAGCAUUAGUACGUGUAGGUGGACGACUCAAAAACUCAGCUUUGGACUUCGAU